AUGAGCGGGCUAACCAACUCACUUAAUGCUGAGUUACUCCAGCUUUCAAAUGAGGCAAGGCGUAAGCAUCCAGAAAUUAAAGAGGCAGCUGAGAGAUCUAUAUAUAUACUACGCACAUUAAAAGAGCGUCCAGGAAUGGAUAUCACUCAAGAGCUUGCUAAAAACGUUGAUUUUUUACGACCAUUUUUGCUCGCUUGUGAAACAAGACAUGCAAAGUUAAUUACUAUCUCGAUCGGUUCAAUUCAAAAAUUAAUAUCACAUCAUGCUAUUCCUGGGUCGUCAGUAAGGACAAUUCUCAAAACAUUGAACGACAUAAUCUCUCAGGGAGUCGAAGUUCAGUUAAAGAUUCUGCAAACGUUACCUCCGUUACUGAACAAUUAUUCGACCUUAACCGGAGACCUGUUGGCCGAAGGAUUACUAGUGUGUUUCCGACUACAAGACUCCAAAAUAAUGGCGGUGAAUAAUACCGCAGCAGCGACGUUACGACAGUUGGUAAUUAAUAUUUUUGACAAGGUUGAAAAAGAAGAUGAGAUUAUUGAUAAAGAUGGUUCAGUAAAGCCGACCUCGACAGUGGUUUCCGUUCACGGACACGGCGAAAUUGCGCUUAGGCCUUGUGCUAGAGAUGCGUAUUGUUUAUUUCAGGACUUAUGUCUAUUGACUAAUUUGGAACCAGCCAUGUUUUUGCGAUUGAAUGCCUUGCCGAGGACUUUUGGAUUGGAAUUGAUUGAAUCAGUGUUGACUAAUCAUUUAAGACUUUUUAAAAAGCAUCCGGAAUUUUUGUCUGUAUUGCGAGAACGUAUAUGCCCAUUGAUAAUUAAAACUUUUUCGGAUAAGCACGAUUUCCCACAAACUAUGCGUUUAAUGCGUGUUGUAGAUAUACUAAUCAAACAGUUUAACGAAAUUUUGGUAACAGAAUGUGAAAUCUUUCUAACAAUGUUUAUAAAAAUUUUGGAGCCCGAAAACCCAUUAUGGCAACGUGUAAUUGCCAUGGAAAUAUUUCGGGGUGUGUGCAGCGGGGACGGAACAUUCCUAAGAUCUCUUUAUCGAUGGUACGAUCGACAAGAUAAUUCGACCAAUGUGUUUCGUGAUAUGAUUAACGUAUUUGGUAGGCUAGCGGCUGAGAAGCCGCAAGUUGUGGGUGUUAGUUCUGUGGUGGGACAAAUUCAUUAUCAAUCCCUUGAGAAUUCGGAUGUUACGGGAGCAAAUAGCAUGAAUGCUGACGCUCCUGGAUUGAGUAUUGUUAAUUCUAUAAUGAAGAUACAAUGGUGGCUGGACAAAGCAGACCCUCCACAAAUUCCAGAAACCUAUAUCUAUUUUCUGGCUUUAUCAUGUCUCAAUUAUAUAGCAGACGGAUUACACAAUUUCGUCAUGUCAAGUCUCACACCAAUAAUUCAAAAACAACAAAACGAAAAAUCACCCAUAGAAAUUACCGUUCAAAGUUCACCUGACUCAACGGAUUCUUCCGCAGUUGUUUCAUCAAAUAUUAAUAAUAAUUCCUCGGUACUUGGCACUGCGAAUCUUCAAAUGUUAGAAACUCACCCAGAUCAUGAAGAGAUUCUUCUUGUCAAGGAUAUGGCAAACACAGCAUGGCCAGGUUUACUAGCGGCACAAUCAUUCUUUCUUACUGCUAAUUUGGAUGAAGAACUUUUUCAAAGUUUAAUGCGAGCCUAUCAGAAUUUCACCAUUGUAUGUGGUGCACUUCAAUUAAUAACACCUCGUGAUGCUUUUUUGACUAGUUUAUGUAAAGGAGCAGUACCUCCAAGUGUUAUCGCUGCUUCCUUAGCUGAAAAUAAAGCAACGCAGGGUAUAACUGCCAAUUCUGGUGCUGGUGAGACUCCAGGUGUUUCUUUAUCGGAUCGAAAUUUAUCAUGUUUAAAAACUUUGCUUAAUAUUGCGCAGUAUCUUGGUGGGGUGCUCGAUGAUUCGUGGUAUUUAGUGCUAGAAACACUUCAACUGGCCGAUUUUAUUCUGUUUCAUAAAUAUGCUCGAGGGCCUCCUCAAAAUUCACGUAGAAUUGGCACACAUCAAAAUGCGUCAAAUUCCGCUAUUUCUUUGCCUGUUAGCACAAACCCACCAAAUACCUCCACAGCGAUAAAAGGCAAACGUUCGGCUGCGUCUGGUGGCGGAACAACGGUCGGUUCAUCUGCGCAAGCCUCAACGUCUAAUUCUAGCCUAACUUCUCAACAAUCAGCCAUAGACAAUGAUCUGAACAUAUUAUCGAUACAAAUAAAAAAAAUUUUUGAAAAUAGCAAAUAUUUAGAUGAUGCAGCUUUGCAAUCAUUUACAAAAGCAUUAUGUAGACUUAACACUCAAACAAACGGUAUAUCAUUGGAAGGUGAUACUUCAGCAGGGGCAGACUCUGAAAAAAUUGAAAAAGGCUUCAAAACUACGCCUUUGACUGCCCUACGAGGAAAUAAAUCCGAUGAAAAAUCAUUUGCAAUUGAGAAAUUACGUAUAGUUGCAUUGCUCAACAUGCAUCGUCUUGUCACCCAUGAAUCAUCAUCGCUCAUUUGGGAUUUGAUAGUAUUACAUUUACUUGCCACAGCCAAUUCUAUUUCAGUUCCACAAUCAAUACGUAAGCAAGCCUGCGAAUCCUUGGAUGAAAUUAUCAUUUCGAGUAUGAAUCAUGCUAGCUCGAAUCAAAAUGAAUCCAAUGAACGGAUUCAAUUGCAAUUAUUGGUUUCGCUUAAUCAACUCGUAAAUAAUCCGGAGCGACUUUCCACUAGCAUUGGAAAUAAAGGACAAUAUGUCGAGGUGCGUAAAAUGGGACUUGAAACUCUGAAUAAAUUACUACAAACCUCUGGACAUUCUUUUACGAAUGGAUGGAACAUGAUUUUUGAGAUGAUCAGAAGUGUAGUAGUUUUGUCUUCUUUCGGAGAUUCUGAAGAGGAAGAAGGAGGUGUUGGUGUUACUGGUGACAAUUCGAGUGUUGAAAAUGUCAGUGUAGUUGAUCUACCUUCAUCUUUCGGUGUAUCUAAUACAAAAUCAACCGGAUUAGUACGCGUAGCAUUUCCUUGUUUACAACUUAUAUGUACAGAUUUUCUGGUGUUAUUGUCUCCAGAAUGCUUACGGCAAUGCAUCGAUACUUUGGGUGCAUUUGGAUUACAAAUGGAUGAUUUGAACAUUAGUUUGACAGCUGUUGGUCUUCUAUGGAAUGUAUCUGAUUUCAUUCAAACUAAACGUGCAGAACUAGAAAAUAAUUCACAACCAUCUGAUCACGAGGAUACUCCAAACAUCGAUGAAGAAGUUGAUCAAAUGAUCGAAUCUACUUUGACCUCGCGGACAACAAAUGCAUUGUGGUUAUUGUUAUUGUUACAACUGUCGAAAAUAUGCUCAGACCCUCGACCCGAAGUGCGCAAUGGUGCAAACCAAACAUUGUUCCGCACAAUUGAUAUGAAUGGUGCUGUAUUGGGAAUCAACACGUGGAAUACUUGCAUUUGGAAAGUAUUGUUUCCUCUGCUAGACUCUGUAAAUCUCGUUUCCUCCAAGGCUUUGAAGGCUAUGCAACAACAGCAUGGAACAGAAAUAGAAAAGAUUAAUUUGCAGCAAGAAUCCCGUGGAUUCAUGGUACAUCACUCGCGAAACACUGUGGAUAAACAAUGGGACGAGACCAAAGUUUUGGUAUUGAAUGGGGUCUCUGGGAUUUUCAAAAAUUUUUUAGCCAUCUUGGUGAACCUCGAGAAUUUUCCACAAGCUUGGGAUCUUUUGUUGUCACAUUUACAAGGCUCUUGUUUAAACUCGAGUCAUGAAGUAGCAAUCGCAUCAAUCAAAGCCAUGCAUACAAUAAUCCAAUUUCCUAAUGAUUCGGAUCAAAGGUUACGUGAAAAGAUUUCUCCACUAUGGCAAACUGCAUGGGUAAUAUGGGAAAAAAUUGGUUUGGGAAUAAUUACAGAUCUUGAUAAUAUCCAUUUCCCUGAUAACGCUGGAAACGUCUCUCGAUUUACCCAAGAUACGCUAACUGCAUAUAUAGCGACUUUUAUUGAUCUUUACAAAUUUAUAAACACAAACUUUAAGAUAGAUGAAAUUAAGAGAUUAUCAAAAGUUGUUCACGGAGUUCUUGUCUACUCUAAAAGCCCAUCUUAUCGACCAGAUCAAGAUUAUCUGACUCCUUUACAAGAAUUAGUAUUGGAUCUUGUUAGUAAAAUCGAUUUGAAUGUGAAAGGAGCUCCUGCUGCUAUAUUGAACGAUUUAGCAGAUUAUAUUACUUUAGCUUUCCGAAAUCUUGAUGAUUCUUCGCAACAAGUGAAUUAUGAAAGAGCUGAGUUACUUGCACAACCACCGCCACUUCCACCUAAAAGUGAAAGGAGCAGCUCGGCGUCGAAAUCAUUCUCGACGGUUACUUUCAUUGCUUUCUCAAAAACAGCGAUGCGAAUUGCAGUUGAUUUGUUUAGAAAAUUUGUUAACGAUCAAGGAGUAUAUUCAGAAGGAGUAUUUGCGAAAAUUAUUGCGGCGUAUGGAAUGCCGAUGAAGCUGAAAUACAAUUGCCCUCAAAUAGCCACCAAACAUGCCGAAGAUACUGAUUUAUGGAAAAUUGCCACAAAAGCUUUUCUUGAAGUGGUAAAAAUUGGACUAGUGUCGAUGGAAAGUUUUGGAGAAGAAAUUCCUAAAGAAAGUUUUGUUAAUGUGUGGAGGCAAUUGAUCGAUGUACUGCAUGGAUCUUUGCUUGCUAACAGUCAACCUCCAUCCUCGCUAAAAAUCGAACAACAAGAUUCUGACGAAGCGUUUGACAUGAAAUUCCUAUUCAACCUCGAAUCAGAAGUAUUAAUACACAUGGGUCAUCCUCGAGUACCAGUUGAAUUAACACGGCAACUAGUAAAAAUCAUAGAGAAGGGCUCGCAAUUAUAUUCCAUGGAUGUACAACGACAAACUAAUCAUUAUCUGAACGGGAAUUUGGAUAAACCUCUUCCGCCAAUAAUAAAUGGAUCAGAAGGACAACCGUUACAAACAAUUACCAAGGUGGAAGGCACAACAGCGAAAAUUGUCCCGGUACCAAGGGAGCGAUUUGCAUAUGCGUGUUUAACGUGUUUGUUCAAUUUUUGCUCGGAUGUUAAUACUGAUCAUCAUGAAGCACGGCAGAGAAUAGCAGAAAUUGCUGCGCCAGUAUUGCUUGAACGGUGUGCAUCAGUUAUGCGCAAUUUUACCGCCGAUCAACCAUUACUGGGCAAAUUUCCACUUUCAAGGGUUCGCAACGAUGAAAUACUCUUGAUUUUACAACAACUGAUAAAACUACGGUUUCGUAGAAACAUUUUGCACGUUGACGAUGUGGAUGAUGGGAUGCAGACAAGUCCUCUUCGCGAUCAAGUUCUAUCUGGACCUAUUGCCCAUCUAUUUUACUUAUAUCCGGUACUGUGUGAUGCGAUCUCUAGUGCAAAUGAGCUCAUUUCUGUACUUUUACGAGAGUGUCUGAAAAAGGCGGGAGAGGAGUUGGGAGUGUGUUGA